AUGAUAAUUGUGUUUUGCUUUUGGGCGGACUAUGCUGCCGAUGCCCUCCGAGAUUGGCCGGUCCAGCUUCGGGCUGCUGCAGCCACGCCCCCUUCACGGUCCCCUCCGGCCGUCGGCUUCGUCAUACGCUGCGCGAGGUUCCGAACAUCACUGUGGGAUGGAGUAGAGGGAAGUAUGGAACCAAGUGAAGCCAAAACAGACAAAGCGAUCGACAUUUAUCGUGACACAUGGGUUCGUUUCUUGGGCUAUGCCAAUGAGGUCGGGGAGGCUUUUCGUGCUCUGGUGCCGGUGAGCUUGGUGUGGGGCAGCUAUGCUGUGGCCACUGCAUAUGUCACUGCUGAUGCAGUGGACAAAGGGAAGAAGGCAGCUUUGGCCCACGGAGAAAACCCAGGGAAAACAACGCGUGUGGCGGCAGCAGUGGUGGACACCUUUGUGUGGCAGGCCCUGGCCUCUGUGAUGAUCCCGGGCUUCACCAUCAACCGUGUGUGUGCCGGCUCGCUCUACCUGCUGGGCAAGACCACCAAGUGGCCCCUGCCCGUUCGCAAGUGGACCACGACGGCCAUCGGCCUGUCCACCAUCCCCUUCAUCAUCACUCCGAUAGACAGGUCGGUGGAUUUCCUGCUAGACUCGAGCCUCCGGAAGCUCUACAAUGAGGAGGAAAAGCACAAAUAAAGCGGGAUCACACGGGACAGACUGUUCCAGCCUGGAAAGAAGCCAGUCCAUUCUGUAAACAAUGUGUGCAUUACCCAGAUGCUGUGUAAAGGAGCAGGAUUUCAUAUUCAGUGAAUGUUCAAUUCAGAUAUUGGAUGUGAAAUCCUGCUGUGUGGAACAUCGUCUGGGGAUGCUGAAAUCGGACCCUCUCAGGGGAAACUGAGUUGUAUCGCAAGUUCACAUAUGAGCAUAACGUAUAAGCAUUUCACUUAAAACUUAGAAUUUAUAUUUUUUUCUAUGGCAGGUUAAUUAGUCAGUAACAUCACCUCAUGUGUUGUCCUCAGGUGGGUCAUUUUUAUCUCUAAAUGUCUAAUAUCUGACCUUUUUGUCAGUCAUCCUCAGCGGUUCUGUGAUUAUGCCAGAAAAGCCAUUUUGCCAUAAUCUAAAUUCAAGUUCUUAACUUGACCUGAAUUAAAUUUUUAGAAGGAAAGUUCUCCUUUCUUGGAAAAGGAAAGUUUCUGUAAAACCAGUAAACGCAAUACGGUUAGUUUAUCAGCUUAAAUACACUGUGAUAUAUAUAUAUUUAUAUACAUACAUAUAUAAAAUGUGCAUCAUUUUGUUGAGCGAACAGCAGAUGUUACUUUAUAUUUUCAUGCUGUAUAUAUAUAUAUAUAUUAAAAUAAUUUCAGCUCUCUUUACUGCACCAUGUGAGGAGCUUUUGAUCCCACUUUAAAGAGAGACAGUAUAUUUAGUAGUUUAUAGGGUAUAUACACUGUACUGUUAGUAACAGGUGGGAAAAAAGAAACAGACAUUGGGAAUUUGAAUUUGAAAACUCCUGAACACUGAGCAGCUUUGUGUUUGAUUCAUAUGAGGUAAGACUCUCCACUGUGCAGACAUAUUAAAUCUGAUGUUGCACUUCUCAAAUACUUGUGAAGGCCAGUGCAUUAUCUAUGCAGACAAGCACAUUAACUGUGGAAUUUGCUGAAUGUUAGGCAAUUAAGUAUUUUCUGUGAGGAUUUAAGGGAAUUGCUAUGCAAGGAAAAAAACACAUGGUGCAAAAAUUAGGUCAGAAUAGCAGAUUGUUCCCCACAUAAAAAAAUAAAGCGAUGUGUCUUUCAAAUGUUCGUGAAACAAAAAGGGAAAAGUGAUGAGCUGUUACCAGAAGGCAGCGGGGAACAUAUUAAGAGGGAUCAUCAUUGACAGGUUUUGUUUAAUCAGUUCGUCUUACACCGUUUUCUCUUUGUCAUGAAGAGAUUUGCUGAUUUAGAAGCCAUAAAACCCAUGCACCAAUAUGUUUUGUCACAUAUUUAAUAUGCACUUGUUUUGAGGGGAUUUUUUUGAAAAACAUGUUGCAUUCUUCUCUGUGUGUAUGUGUGUGUGU